AUGGCAAAUCAACUGAUCAAACCUCCAAACAACUUCACCAAAUCAUUGAAAAAUCUUUACUUCAUAGCCUCAAAUCUACAAUCGAUGACAACAAGCAAACGAGUUCAAGAUCGAAGCCAAAAGAAACGAGUCCACGCCCUUGAAGUUGCAGUUGAAAAACACAAAAUCGCAUCCAAAAUCUUGUUUUUAUUGGAACUACUAAAACAUGAACCCGAACAAAUCAUACCCAUAAGAUCUCUUGAUCAACACAGACGCCCUCUCAACUUGCCAAAACCCCACAAAAUAUCAGACUUCAUUCGAAAAUCCCCAAAGUUAUUUGAGUUGUAUAAGGAUCAAAAGGGUAUAACAUGGGUUGGCUUAACAAAAAAAGGUGAAGAAUUAAUCGAAGAAGAAGAGAGAUUAAUAGCAGAAAAUGAAGAGAAAGCUGUUGAACAUGUAACAAGGCUUUUGAUGAUGUCAGUUGAAAAGACUCUUCCUUUAGAUAAAAUCGCACAUUUUAGGAGGGAUUUGGGUUUGCCUUAUGAUUUUAGGAAACAUUGGGUGCAUAAAUAUCCUGAAAUUUUUAGGGUUUUUAAAAACGAAGAUGAAAUCGAGUUCUUGAAGCUUGUUUCUUGGAACCCAAACUGGUGUGUUACUGAAGUAGAGAAAAAAGUUUUAGGUAUCACAAAAGCAGACGAUUAUACCCCUGGUGUACUUUCAUUACCAUUUCCAAUGAAAUUCCCUCCUGAUUACAAGAAAGUGUAUAGAUAUAAAGGGCAGAUUGAGAAUUUUCAAAAAAGGGAAUAUCUUUCUCCUUAUGCAGAUGCUAAAGAGCUUAAAGCUGGAUCUGUAGAGUUUGAUAAACGAGCAAUUGCAGUAAUGCAUGAAGUGUUGAGUUUUAUGAAUGAGAAACGAUUAGUUACUGAUCAUUUGACUCAUUUUAGAAGAGAAUUUGUGAUGCCACAGAAGCUUAUGAGAAUCUUGUUGAAGCAUUUUGGGAUUUUUUAUGUUUCUGAAAGAGGGAAAAGGUUUAGUGUGUUCUUGACAGAAGCUUAUGAAGGUUCUGAAUUGAUUGAGAAAUGUCCAUUGGUUGUUUGGAAGGAGAAAGUUGUGAGUCUUACUGGUUAUAGAGGAAGGAAGAAAAAGAUUGAAACUUUUGAUGAUUUUGAUGAUUUGGAGGAUGAUGAUUUGUUUGAGAGUGAUUCUGAUGAUGAGAAGACUAUUCGGAUUGAUCAAGAAGAUGAUAUGAUGAGUAGUGAUGUUGAAGAUGAAUUGAUUCCAGAAUGUUCUGAGAUGGAUAUUUCAGAAGUUCAGAAAGCUUAUACAGAGAAGUAA